GUAGUAUGAGUCAGUGAUGCUUUGAGCAAAAUGAGUGAGGAGCAUCAAGAGGCAAAGGAGCAGAAUAGAGAUGAAGGUGAAAAGUGGGGGUAUGACCUAUAUCCAGAAAGGAAGGGAGGAAAGAGAAAAGUCGGCUGGUGGGAUCUGCUAUGGUGGGGUGAUGACAAAGGGGAAAUAGAUAGACAGAAAUGUGAACGCCGGGUUGCCUAUGUCAUCGAGAAAAGUCCCCUAAUAAAGCUAAUGAUGGAUGCUCUGAAGAGCUCAGGCUGCGAGGUAGAUAUCCGGAGGCAUAUAGUAUGUGAAGGAUGCGAGAAGACAGUGACAGGAGGUUAUGACCCCACCUUGAACCAGAUAGUUGUUUGUCAGAACAUGUGCAGACAAGACUCUGUGGUGCAGGGGGUUCUCUUCCAUGAAAUGAUCCAUAUGUUUGACUACUGUAGGAACAAGCUUGACUUCAAGAAUUUGCAGCACUUGGCAUGCACUGAGAUUCGAGCAGCAAACCUCGCCCAUUGCAGUUUUAUGAGUGCAUUGGUUGAAGGGAAUGUCAGCCCAUUUUCCAUAGCAAACCAACAUGCAAAGUGUGUGAAGGACAAGGCAAUAAUGUCAGUGUUGGCAGUGCGGAAGGUGAGCCUUGAAGAGGCAAGGAAUGCAGUGGAAUCAGUCUUUCCACAAUGUUAUGCUGACUUGGAGCCUAUUGGGAGGCGGUUGAGACGCAAUUCCCAAGACAUGAACAUUGCGUACAUGGAGAGGCAUUACUAUGGCUAUACAUCCUGACAACUUUUUUUUUGUGCUAGAACUAUUUUUAUUGAUGUGAGUGAGGUAAGGAUAGUGAACUUUCAAAGUAUGAAUAAAUGGAUG